AUGAACGCAGUUGACAAGUACCACAAACAGAACGAACGCAAACCCAAGAGAGGAAGGGGUACCAACUUUGCAACAGGCCUGGCAGGAAAGAAUGCAGGUGGAGGAAAUUCUCACCCCAUCAGCUGUACGUUGUGCUCUAAGGCGCAUCAUCUGGACGAAUGUGCUGAGUUUCUUAAAAAACCGCUAGUGGAGCGGAGAAACUUUAUCAAACAGAAAGGCUUAUGCUUCGGUUGCUAUAGUUGUGAACACAUUGCUAAGCUUUGCAAAAGUAAAAGAACCUGUCAGAUCUGCAAUAAGAAACACCCAACGUCACUCCAUGAUUACAGUUGGAAAUCAGAAGAGGCGAAAAUGGAAAGUGGAAACGGCCAAUAUGAGAAAUCGGAAGCCAGUAAAAGGAAAACGGAAGAGCGAGUCGUUAACGUGUGUACUGCAAUUUGCAAUGUGACAGAUGCCGGUGAUGUACCAGUUGCUAUGGGUAUUAUCCCAGUAUGGUUGUACCACAAUAAUGCCAGUGGUGCAACAUUCAUUAAGGAAGACUCGUUAAGAAGGCUUGGUGUUAAAGAAAGUGAAACCAAACUUUUGCUCACUACUAUGCAUGGUACCCAAGAAGUCGAUACUAAAGCGGUAGAUGGGCUAAUGGCUUCCCACUUUCAAGAAAACGACGUUAUCGUACCCCUACCGAGAACCUACGUCAGACAACGGAUUCCAGCAGAUCGUGAUGAGAUUCCUCGUCCCGAAGAGCUGCAAGGAUGGUCACAUAUGCAGAUGGUUAGGAAACACGUACCUCCUUACAUGGAAGACGUAGAAAUAGGACUCCUGAUCGGACUAAAUUGCCCUAGUGCAGUGCGACCAAGAGACAUUGUUUGCGGGAAUGAGAAUGAACCCUAUGCAGUAAGAUCACUAUUAGGAUGGCACGUAAACGGUCCUGUUAACCAAAAGAGCAGUAAACAAGUACAUUGUAACCGUAUUCAGAUUCUUAAGAGCAACACAGAGGAUAACGUGAAUGGGUACAUCAUUGCUAAGACAGAGAUUAAGGAGCGGCUAACCCCUCAAGUGGUUUCCCGAAUGUUUGAGGUGGACUUUGCUGAAAGGGAGCACGGAGUCGCAUUAUCAAGAGAAGACCGUCAGUUCCUGAAGAUUGUAGAAGAUGGAAUCCAUCAUAGAGAUGACAUGCAUUACGAGAUGCCUCUGCCCUUUAGAGAAAAGAAUGUACAGCUACCCAAUAACCGUCCUCAAGCAGAGCAACGCCUGCACGGCCUUAAGAAGAGACUCCAAGGCGACGCAAGGUAUCGUGCUGACUACGUCAGAUUCAUGACUGAAAUCAUAGAGAAGGGAUAUGCUCGAAAGGUCAAGGUUGAAGAGCUACCCCAUCAAGAAGGAAAGGCCUGGUACUUACCUCACAACGGGGUUUACCACCCCAAAAAACCAGGCAGCAUACGCGUAGUAUUUGACUGUUCAGCUCGUUACCAGGGUGAAUCGCUGAAUGGCCACCUAUUGCAAGGGCCCGAUCUAACAAACAAGCUCACUGGGGUGCUCACAAGAUUCAGAGAGGAGAAGGUAGCCUUCAUGGCUGACAUAGAGAAAAUGUUUUUUCAAGUCAAGGUUCCAAGGGAAGAUCAGAACUUCCUUCGCUUCUUAUGGUGGCCAAAUGGAGAUUUAACUCAAGAGCCUCAAGAGUACUGCAUGACAGUGCACCUCUUUGGAGCUGGUUCAUCUCCAGGGUGUUCUAACUUCGCCUUGAAACGUACAGCCGAAGACGGUGAAAGAGAGUUUGGUGCAAAGGCUGCCGAAACAUUAAGGAAGAACUUUUACGUCGAUGAUGCUCUGAGUUCGGUACCGACAGAGAAGGACGCUGUAGAACUAGUACAAGCUGUUAAAGAGAUGUGUGCAAAGGGAGGGUUCAAACUAACGAAAUUUGUCAGCAACAGUAGAAAGGUGAUGAUGUCAGUACCUGCUGAAGACAGAGCUAAGGAGAUCAAGGGCCUAGACCUAGGUAGUGACAAGUUACCAAUAGAGAGAGCUUUGGGUGUAGAAUGGUGCAUUGAAUCGGACGCAUUCAAAUUCAGAAUAGAGUUGAAGGACAAGCCGUGCACCCGUAGGGGUAUACUGGCAACUAUAAGCUCGAUCUUUGAUCCUCUAGGGCUGAUUGCGCCCGUCGUCCUUGUUGGAAAGCAGAUACUUCAAGAGAUCUGUCACGGAAAAGACUGGGACGAGUCAAUCGAGGGAGAAGUUCUUGCCAAAUGGGGAAGAUGGAGAAGUCAGUUACCGCUAUUAGAGCAGCUGAACAUCCCAAGAAACUUUCAGCCUCCUGAUUUUGGAAGCAUUGCCACUGCUCAGCUACAUAAUAUGUCAGAUGCGUCUCAAGUCGGGUACGGACAAUGUUCUUAUCUCAGACUGGUUGAUGAAAACGGAAGAAUUCAUUGUUCUCUUGUUAUGGGGAAAGCUCGUGUUGCACCGUUGAAGACAGUCACUAUUCCAAGACUUGAACUAACUGCCGCUACCGUUUCAGUAAGGGUUGCAAGCAUGCUAAAGGAAGAGUUAGACUAUGGCGGACUCCAAGACUUCUACUGGACCGAUAGUAAGGUUGUCCUCGGGUUCAUCAACAAUGAAUCUCGAAGAUUCCAAGUGUAUGUUGCAAAUAGAGUGCAAUUCAUCCGUGACCACACUUCACCAGACCAGUGGCGCUACGUGGAGUCUGGAUCCAACCCAGCAGAUGAAGCAUCGAGGGGGAUGAACGCUAAGGAGUUUAUGCAAAGGUCACAGUGGAUUAAGGGCCCAGACUUCUUGUGGCAGACGGAAGAUCACUGGCCUCAACAAGACUCAUACGAAAAAGAGGUCGACCACAAUUCUCCUGACGUUAAAGGGGUUACCGCUAACGCGACAGUGAUUGAAGAACAUGAAAACAUGUUAAGCAGAUUCAAAGGAUUCUCCAAGUGGCAAGUCCUAAAGGGCGCAGUUGCGCUUUGUAUGGAAUACAAACGACGUCUCAAGAUGAGAGCCAGUAAAACAGACAAGAGACCUGUAACUGUUGACGGUCCUCAAGUUAAUGGACGAAGCCGUGAAUGUGAAGGUUGCCCGGCUACUUCCUUUAUGGUCAGAGACCUUGAACAAGCAGAAACAGAAAUUCUCAAGCUGGUGCAAGCGAAUUAUUUCGAUAAAGAAAUCAAGAUUCUGAGAGAUUUCCAAACCCAGACCGGAAGUGUGCCUAAAGAUCGUCAUCAUGAUAAGGAAAGGAAAGCAGUUUUGAAGAAAAGUAGCAGCCUUAACGCCCUCGACCCAUACCUGGAUGCCAGCGGAAUGUUGAGAGUCGGAGGACGGAUAAGGAAGGCUAACCUCUCAGACAGUCUUAAGAACCCUGUCAUCUUACCGAAGGCUGGUCAUAUUACAGAGCUGGUCCUCCGUCACGCCCAUGAGAAAACUCACCACAGCGGAAGAGGUCUCACCUUAAACGAACUUCGUUCGAGUGGUUACUGGAUUAUCAAUGGAAAUGCUGCGGUCAGACACUUCAUAUCAAAGUGCGUCACGUGUCGACAUCUCCGUGGUACCUUUGGAGAACAGAAAAUGGCCAACCUCCCAAGUUCCCGUGUUGAACCCGCGCCACAGUUUUCAUACUGUGCAGUGGACUACUUUGGUCCGUGGUAUGUCAAAGAAGGCAGGAAAGAAGUUAAAAGGUACGGAGCCCUAUUUACUUGCUUGGCCAGUCGUGCGGUACAUAUCGAAGUAGCCCACUCCAUGGAAACAGAUUCAUUCUUACAAGCAUUACGGCGCUUUACCUGUCGUAGAGGACCCAUAAGAGAACUUCGCAGUGACCAAGGGACUAAUUUUGUUGGGGCCGAAAACGAGUUAAAGGCAGCACUUCAAGAAAUGGAUGAUGAGAAAAUCAAGGCAGAGUUGCUUAAGGAGAACAUUGAUUGGAUCAGAAAUCCUGCUACUGCAAGUAAUUUCGGAGGCGUUUGGGAACGACAAAUUCGGUCCGUGCGGAACAUCAUGGCAGCACUUAUGAAACAGCAUGGUCACAGCUUAAACGACGAAUCGUUGCGAACUUUGUUAUGUGAAGCUGAAGCUGUUGUCAACAGUCGUCCUCUGACUACCGAGACCUUAAGUGAUCCGCUCUCACCGUUGCCACUAUCGCCAAGUACCCUUCUCACUGGUAAAACCAAGCUCAUUCUCCCCCCUCCAGGAAAGUUUCAACGAGAAGAUACUUACUGCAAACGUCGCUGGAGGCGCGUACAGCAUAUUGCUAACGAAUUCUGGAAUAGAUGGAGUAAAGAAUAUCUUCAGAUCUUACAGUUGAGACAAAAGUGGACACACAAGAGAAGAAACUUCACGGAAGGCGACAUUGUUCUAUUAAAGGACAACAAUUCUUGUAGGAAUAAGUGGCCUAUGGCUAAAGUGCUUACCACACGUCGUGAUGAUGAAGGCCAAGUCAGAUCGGUGACUGUUCAAACCGGAACUGGAUCAGUAUUGGAUCGACCAGUCAAUAAACUUGUGCUGUUGCUAGAGUCACCUAAGGAUAGACCGGGAAUCCCCGACGAGGAGCCUGAGGAACUGUAA